AUGGUUAUUUGGCUUUUGUUUCUGUCCUUUUCUUCGGUUUUUGUUGAUGCAGCUCAUUUCAACGGCGGUACUAUUACAUGGGCACCUAUUAAUAGUAAUUCUAAUUCAUCUCCGGUUGCCAUUUCUAUCACACAAACCUACUCAUGGAGUUACCCUCUUAUGACUUGUACAACAAAUGUUCCGGUCUCGAGUGGUAAAGAUGACACGAAUCUGACAUGUAUCGCUAAUUGUUCAACUGAUGGUGGUUACUCAAGUGCGCCUAUUGACAUUUUGACGGAUUGUAUUUCUGCGAGUUCCACGCUAGGGAUGAUGACAAGUGAACGAACCGUCAAUAUUACACUCAAUAUUGGAGCGUAUUUUUACAUAGCAUAUCAAGGUAGCGCUUGGAGAAGCUUAUAUAAUACCACAAGCAGCCCUGAUUGGUCUAUUGCAACUCUGAUUGAUCUUCGGCUAAGAAGUGAUGGUAUAGUUAAUACACCACCAGUAGCCAAUGUUCUUUCGCCUCAAUAUGUGAUUGUCAACACUACAAGUCUCAUUAAUAUACCUGUAUCCGACGGCAAUGUCGGUGAUGAUGUACGUUGCCGAUGGGCUGUCAAUGGAAUAAUCAACGAAUGUAGUAGUAUAUGUUAUCCAGGUGCUUUACCAAAUAGUACAACACUAUCAAACUGUACUCUUUCAUUUAUGAGUCUAGUACCAGGUGCCUGGUAUUCUGUUGCUAUACAAGUAGAAGACUUUAUAAAUACAACAAGUAACUCACCAAUGAGUUCUGUUGCCGUUCAGUUUCUGAUUUAUGUUCAACCAACACCAGUAUGUUCAAUAGCGCCUGUCAUGAUUCCUCUGACAGAUUGUUUGGAAGUACAAACCAAUGUGCCAACGAAUUUCACAUUGUAUAUAAUGAAUCUAUGCAAUUCGAGUGCCACAAUUACUGACGUUAUUCAAUCGCAAACAAUUACAGGUAUGACGGCUAGUAGCGUGAAAAAUUCGACAACAAAUAGUUCAUUGGCAUAUGUAACAUUAUCUUGGGCACCACAGACAAGUCAAAUAGGAACACAAGAACUAUGUGUGUAUGCUUACAACAGUUUGAUAGUACGAUCAACACAAUACUGUGCAAUAUUUACAGUAACGGCGUCAACUCCAAAUUGUCCUGCAACAACAAUUGCUGCUACUCCAGCCAAUACAACAGCGUCAACAAAUAAAGCUACUAGUAGCAUUAAUAUUCCACUAGUGGUCGGUUUAUCACUGUUAGGACUAUUGCUAGCAUUAUGCUGUUGUUUUUGUUGGUUGUAUUACUUUUGCAGGAAUUCUAGAGGACAGCCGCGUCGAAAAAAAACACUCGAAGAAACUGAAGCACAAAAUAAGUAUUCAAAAUUACCAGAAUCAUUUUUUAGUCGAAAUUUUCCAUUGAAAAGGUGGGUUAACAAUCAUGGAUUUCACAAAAUGGCCAAUAAACAGGAUCGAAUGUCUUCUUUGAAAUCUUCGUCAUUAAAGUCCUUGUUAUGGAUGUCAAUUGAUGAAAAAUCGUUUACAACGGCUGGAAAUAACGAACGUCAUAAUUUGAGUCAAUCAUUUGCGCCAGAAAGUUCUCAAUCGAGUGUACCAGUUCCUCCACAGUAUGGUUCGAAGAAAAUUCCUCGUAACAAAAUAUCAGCCGCUAGUGAGAGCCCGGAAUUUGCUGCUAAUCAAAGAAAACAAAUAAUUAAUCAUCUGAUGACAUUGAAUAGUUCAAGCGCUGAUAUAAAGAUGCAACGUGUAAAUGUGUCAGUACAUCAUGAUGACUCUUUAAAUGCCAUGCAAAUGAGUGGAAAUAAAAUCACUAGAGUCAGCAAAAGUGAUUUAAAACAAAAAAGAACACCUAGUACUAGUAAACGAAGACGCAGCAUUUCGAUAAAUCACAACAAUAACAGUCAAGAGAUCGUGGAACCACAUGCAUCAAGAACAAAAUAUAUUACUGUGACCAGAAUAAAAGAUCUUCGUCAAGCAACACCAUUACAUUAUGCAUGUAGUUUUAACAGAACAAAUGAUAUUGUUCGAUAUUUACUGUUAAAAGCUGAUUCUUAUAAAUUUCAAUCAAAUAAAUUAAAAUCAAUUAGAGACAGUAUAUCAAAUAAAACAUCAUUACCAAUGAAUUCAAAAAUAGAUGAUAUUAAUGCAAAAACAACAGAUGGAUAUGAUGCUUUUUCACUUGCAAGAAUUUAUAAUAAUCAAAAAAUACUUGAAGAACUCUUUCAACAUAUACCAUACGAUGAUUUUCAAUGGAACGAAAAAGAUAAAAUAAUUUUCGAUCAAAUCUAUCAGGCAAUUUCAGAUGAAGAUUUUCGUGUCAUAGAUUCUUAUCCUAUUUGGCUUGUUAUUGAUGAAACUGCUGGAGAGACUCCACUUCAUAAUGCCUGUAAAUUAGGUUGCCCUAUCGUUGUACUGCAUCUACUUCAUCGGCAAUAUUCUGACAAUAAGAUUGAAGCAAAUAUAAUAUUUUUAAGAGAAAAACAAAACGGUUUUACGCCAAUUCUUUCAGCUGCUUAUGCUGACCAAUUAAAAUAUUUUGAACGCAUGCUUAAUAUUAUUCUAAAACUUAUCAUCACAAAUAAUUCUCCUGAUAAAUUUAUUAACGAUAUAUUCAUAGAUCGAUACGGACGAUCUUUAUUACAGAUUUGCGUUCUUUCUAAACAAAUUAAAUAG